GGGCACUAGGUACCUCCAUCACCGCAGACAUCAGGGACUUUGAGCUUUCGAAAAUCUAAGCUUUGUUCACCGCAGCAUUAUAUAUUGAAUUAUCUCAAUUGAUAUUCCACCAUUAUUAUCAUGGCCGACAUCAAUCUUCAAGAGAUUCAUGACUUCAUGAUCUCCAUCGCCCGCAGGGCAGGAGAAAUGAUCACAUCCGCACAUCCUACAACGCUGGCCGCUGGUUCGAAAAAGAACUCCGCCGAUCUCGUCACAGAGACGGAUCAAGCCGUGGAGAAGCUGGUGUCUACCUCUCUACGCGAGAAGUAUCCCGAUUUCGCAUUCAUGGGCGAGGAAACAUAUAAGCCUGGCGACGCCCUCACGGCAGCACCCACGUUCAUAUGUGAUCCCAUCGACGGAACUAACAACUUCGUUCAUCGUUACCCUUACGUCUCCAUCUCCCUCGGCCUUGCCAUCGACCGCGUUCCUACCGUCGGCGUCGUCUACAACCCGUUCACAGACGUCCUCUACACCGGCAUAAAAGGCCAAGGCUCAUUCGUUCACCAAGCCGGCCAAAAACACCAGCUCCCCCUCUCCCCACCCACAAAGAUGGAAGAUCUGUCAAGCUGUCUCGUAGCCGUGGAGUGGGGCAGUGACAGGUCUGGAAACGACUUCGCCGUCAAGAGCAAGACGUUUUCCAAUCUUGCGGCCACCAAGGAACAAGGAGGUGGUAUGGUGCACGGGUUGAGGAGCUUCGGGAGCGCUGCGCUGAACCUGUGUGGCGUCGCGACUGGUGGUCUUGAUGUCUACUGGGAGGCGGGAUGUUGGGCUUGGGAUGUUUGUGCGGGGUGGGUCAUCCUCAAGGAGGCCGGUGGCGUCAUCGCAGAUGCAAACCCGGGGAAUUGGGAACCCAAGGUUGAUGGACGGAGGUAUCUUGCCGUCAGAGGGGGAGAGGGCCAGAAUGAUAUUGUCAAGGAGCUUUGGGGUCUUGUCGAGGGCGCUUUCGAAGUAGGGUUGUGAAGCUAUGUCCAUCUUGUGCUGGGGCUGGGUUCGGGCAAAAACAACAUCUGAAGACAAUAGAGUGAUUGGUGUAGAUCAUAGAUUCCUGUAGACCCAACAUCCUCAGUGGUCUCGAUCGCAAGGGAUAAGAUGUGCCAAGGAGUGAUUCAGGUCAAUGCAAG